CACGACUGAGGGCCGAAGCAACAUCUCAUUUCCUUUGCUAUCUUCAGCUCCCAGCACGAACCUGAAAUAGAAUCUUUAUACAAUAAAUAUUAAAUGAGUGAAUAAUUGCUUAACAAAUUAGAGAACAGACGGAUGAAGAGAGGUAGUUAGGAGCCAAGUUUUGCAACCAGACUGGCCUGGCUGUGCCAAUGAACCAUUCUCCAUUGGUGCCUCACACUAAGCUCACUUUAAGAAGGUCGAUGCGAAAGCGGCUCCGCAGAGGGAGGCAAAGCGGAAAGGACGCGGCCGGAAGCGGAAGGGCGGCAAGGAGUUAGCGGCGUCUCAGUUGCCAUGGAGACGGGAAGAGCCAGAGACGGACUGUCUGCAGAGUCCGGGUCCUACGCAUUCCGGGGUGCGACGUGGACGCCAACCUCGCAUCUGGCCGGGAUCCGCAGCCCCAGCGAGUCCACCUGGCUGUCCUCCUUAACCCACUCCGAGGCCUUUCACUACGGCUUCGGGGGCCGGGCCCGCCGCGUGGGGCCCCUCACGCUCCAGCCGCUCCCCGAGCCGCAGCUGCUGAGUCUGCGCCCCACCUCGCUGCGCAGCCAAGACAUCUCGCACUUGCUCACCGGCCUCUUCCGCAACUUGUACACUAACGAGGUGAUCGGCGAGGACCUGAGCGCGAGCUUGAUCAAGGCCCGCGGCAGCGAGGAUGCGCGCCACGAGGAGUUCGUGGACGAGCUGCAGCGGAUUCGGAAGGUCUAUAAGCAGCGACUGGAUGAAAUUGAAAUGUUGGAGAGACAUAUCAUUCAGGCCCGUGCACGAGCGCUUGCAGAGAAAGAACGGAUCAUGCAACUGGCCGAAGUGCAUGUCCUUGAUACCUUCCUCAAGAUGCCUCCAGUGAAGACUAUGUUCAGAUGGUGUGUGGACAGUGAGUUGCUACAGAAACACCAUUUGAUCUGCCCGGACGAUUACUACAGUGACAUGGUGCCAUUUUGCUCUGCACCUAAAGGUGUCUCCGUCCCUGGAUGUUCAAAACUCACAUUCAGUUGUGAGAAGUGUUCCGUCCCCAAGAAGCACCUGACCAAGAAGCUUGAGGCUUCCUGCAAGAAGACGCUCACUAAGUCUCAAGACGAGUUAGACUACACUGUGGACAGCCUGACGGGGGACUUGUGUUCAAAGGCCAAGCGCAAGGCCGUCAAGAAGGCAGGUCCACCCAAGAAUAAAAAGUGGAUGAGCCACUUACACGUGCCCCAGAGAGAACUGGAGCGACUUCUGCUUGCCAGAAUGGAGAGUCGGAACCACUUCCUAAAAAACCCUCGGUUUUUCCCUCCUAACACUCCCUAUGGAGGCAAGUCUCUUCUCUUUCCUCCGAAGAAGCCAGUACUGACAGGAGAUUUUCAGGGUGGAGAUUUGGAGCAGAGUUGUGCUGAUACUCCAGUGUUUCUAGCUAAACCAUCAAUCGGAUUUUUCACAGAUUAUGAAAUUGGGCCAGUUUAUGAGAUGGUGAUCUCCCUGCAGAACAUCACGGCAACCGGCCGCUACCUGCGAGUCCUCCCGCCUUCUACACCACACUUCGCUCUGGGAUUGGGGAUGUUCCCAGGAAAAGGCGGAAUGGUGGCUCCUGGAAUGACCUGCCAGUACAUCGUCCAGUUUUUUCCCGACUGUCUUGGGGAUUUUGAUGAUUUUAUCUUAGUCGAGACCCAGUCAGCCCACACACUCCUAAUCCCCUUGCAGGCCCGGAGGCCGCCCCCAGUGCUGACAUUAUCACCAGUGUUGGACUGCGGUUACUGCCUCAUUGGGGGAAUGAAGGUAACCAGAUUCAUCUGCAAAAACGUGGGCUUCAGCGUUGGCAAGUUCUGCAUUAUGCCUAAGAAGAGCUGGCCGCCACCAAGUUUCAGGGCUGUUGCAACCAUUGGCUUCAUUGAGCAACGUCCUUUUGGAAUCCUGCCUUCGGUGUUUGAGCUGGCUCCGGGGCAGGCCAUAUGUAUGGAGGUCUUGUUCCUCCCGACGAGCCUAGAAAAGGCAGAGCAGACCUUCAUCAUUGUAUGUGACAACUGCCAGAUAAAGGAGCUGGUGACUGUAGGAAUCGGGCAGCUGGUUGCUUUGGAUCUGAUCUAUAUUUCUGGCGAAGAAAGUCAGCCGGAGCCUGGAGAGCUCACAGACUUAACAGCCCAACACUUCAUACGCUUUGAGCCUGAGAACCUUCAGUCCACAGCUAGAAAGCAGCUGAUUAUUAGAAAUGCUACGCACGUGGAGCUGGCCUUCCACUGGCAGAUCAUGAAGCCCAACCUGCAGCCCCUAAUGCCUGGAGAAACCUACAGCCUGGACAGCCUCAAGUACCACCCUGACAGGGAGACGGCCUUCUCCAUCCUGCCUGAAAGGGGCGUUCUCAGCCCCCACACGGACCAUGAGUUCAUCCUGAGCUUUUCUCCUCAUGAGCCCAGGGAUUUUCACAGUGUGCUCCAGAUGGUGCUAGAGGAAGUCCCAGAGCCCAUGAACUUGGAACAGGAAAACCUGAAGGAUUCUUCCUACUCUGUGGAUGACGUGAUUGUCCUGGACAUCGAGGUGAAAGGCUCAGUGGAACCUUUCCAGGUUCUCUUAGAACCGUAUGCCCUCAUCAUCCCUGGGGAGAACUACAUUGGCAUAAACGUGAAGAAAAAUUUUAAGAUGUGGAACAACAGCAAGUCCCGCAUCAGAUACUUGUGGGGGAAGAUCAGUGACUGCCACAUCAUUGAAGUGGAACCCUGCAUGGGGACCAUAGAGCCCAACGAGGUGGAGGAUUUUGAGUUGAGCUUUACCGGGGGUGUUCCUGGCCCAACAAGCCAGGACCUGCUGUGUGAAAUCCAAAACUCACCCUCGCCAGUGGUAUUACACAUUGAGGCGGCCUUUAAGGGGCCCGCCCUUGUCAUCAACGUCUCAGCCCUUCAGUUUGGUUUGCUGCGCCUGGGGCAGAAAGCCACAGACUCCAUCCAGAUCCAGAACGUCAGCCCACUCCCGGCCACGUGGUGCAUGAAGGAGAGCCUGGUCUGCCUCCAAGAGAGGCGUGAGGGCGUGUCUCCCUUUGACAUUGAGCCCUCAAGCGGGCAGAUUCACCCUCUGGGGGAGUGCAGAGUGAACAUCACCUGGGAGGCCAAGCAGUGUCAGCGACUGCAGACCAUCCUGGAGCUGGAGGUGGUAAACGGGGCCUGGAGCUACCUUCCUGUGUAUGCUGAGGUACAGGAGCCCCAUGUGUACCUGCAAAGCAGCCACGUGGAAGUCACGAAUCUCUAUGUGGGUGUGCCCACCAAGGCGACAGUUACACUCAUCAACGGCACACUCCUGCCUACCCGAUUCCACUGGGGCAAGCUGCUGGGGCACCAAGCAAGCGUCUGCACGGCAAAGGUCUCCCCCAGACGUGGCACGCUGGGCCCCAGUGAGGAGUGCCACAUCAGCCUGGAGCUGGCUGCUCACACCCAGGACGAGCUGAGCGAUCUGGCCCUCCCUUGUACCGUGUCAGGCAUGAAGGAGCCACUGGUUCUGGGCAUUUCUGGGAAACCCCAGGGACUGCAAGUGGCUAUUGCCAUCUCUAUGGAGGGCUCUGACAGCAGUGUUCCCAGCACGGAGCUGUGGCCGGGCCGCCUGGAGGAACUCCGCCUUGACUUCGGCUCCAAGGUGCCUCUGAGGACCCGCGUGAGCUGCCCUCUCAUCCUGACCAACCGCACUCCGAUGCAGACACCUUUCACCCUCAAGUUUGAGUACUUCGGGAGUCCCCAGGACAGCCUGAACCAGAAACCCAGCCUCCCCGACAUGCCCCCUGCCCUGCUGAAGACAUCGCGGAUUCGAGAACACUUGGCCAGGCGAGAGCAGCUGAAUUUUAUGGAAAGCAUGCUGUCUCAUGGCAAAGGAGCCGCCUUCUUUCCCCACAUUUCCCAGGGCGUGCUGGGGGCCCGCCAGCAGCUAAGCAUCGACGUCACAGGCUACGCAGACAUGUGGGGCGAGUACUGGGACAACCUCAUCUGCACGGUGGGAGACCUGCCACCAGCAGUCAUCCCGGUGCAUAUGGCAGUGGUGGGCUGCCCCAUCAGCUCCCGGAGGACCACCUAUUAUACCACUGACCCGCUGCAGAAGGAACCUGUCAUCAGGUUCGGCACCCAGGUCUCUGGAGGAGACACGGUCACCCGGGUCCUUCGCUUGAAUAACUCCAGCCCUUGUGACAUCCGCCUGGACUGGGAGACCUACACUCCAGAAGACAGGGAGGACCGACUGGUGGAGCUGCUGGUGUAUUAUGGGCCACCUUUCCCGCUGCGGGACCAAGCUGGGAAUGACCUCUUGUGCCCGGAGACCCCUGAGAGCAGCAGCUCCUUCUGGUCCCCAAGCCCCUUCAGCGCGUCGGACUUCAGCCACGAAGCUGCCCAGGCUGCCAAGGACCGCUGCAGUGUCAGCGACAGGGCCCGGCAGAAGCUCAUCUCCGUCGUUCUGCAGGAGCAUGACGGGGUGCCCGCCGACCACCUGUAUAGCAUCAGCCCCAAGCAGGUGGUGGUUCCUGCACGGGGCAGCAGCACCAUCUCCAUCUCCUUCUCACCUACGGGCCUGGGCACCAGCAUCCCGCACAAGGUGGCGUGCGUUGGCUACGCCCUGGGCUUCAUGAGCUUGGACGAUGAGGUGGAAAGAGAGCUUCCGGGGAGGAGGCGUCGCCUGCAGGACUUCGCCGCGGGACCCCUGCGACUGGACCUGUGCAGCUACGUGCGGCCCGCACAGCUCAGCGUGGAGGAGCUGGACUACGGUGGUGGCGUGGAGUUCCGGCACCAGGCCAGCGACCUCAUCCCGGAGUGGCCCUGUACUGGGGUGCUGAGUGAGCUGCUGACCACCCACCACCUGAAGCUGAGCAACACCACCGAAAUCCCACAGUACUUCCGGCUCCUGGUCUCCAGGCCCUUCUCUGUUUCUCAAGAAGGGGCCAGCUGCAGCCGCCGAGCUCCUGGCCAAGAACGGGGGCGUGAGGAAGAGCAGGCCACCGGCGGCAAGCAGCUGGUGCUCCACCCUCAGGAGAACAUGCUGGUGAACGUGUCCUUCUCGCUGUCCCUGGAGCUGCUCUCCUAUCAGAGGCUCCCGGCUGACCAGAUGCUGCCCGGAGUGGACAUCCGGCAGCGCGCCAGUGGGGAGAAAGAGAUGGUGUUUACUCAGAACCUGCUCCUGGAGUACGCCAACCAGACCACUCAGGUUUCCACACUGCUCCCAGUCCUAGAAGCUGAUGGGGCUGUCCCUCCUGAUGUAACCUGCCCUGACCAAGGGUACUAAACCCUGGGAAAAUCUCCAGGCCCGCCUCAGACCCAUGGACUCAGAACUUCAGGGGGUGACUGUGCUCUGGUGAUGCUCUGGUGUGCAGCCAGGGUCAGCAACCUGUGAGCUAGUGCCCAGGCCAGGCUCUGCUGAGAGCCUCUCAGGUGGGUAGCCUCCUAGGCCCAUGCAGCCUAUGUAACCCUUCCCAGGUCUCCUAAUUCCUUACCAGCUAGUUACUACCUAGUUACCACCUCUUCACCCAAUCUACCAGCUGUUCACUAAACACCUGCUCAAUACAAAGCACCACCUGAGGAAUACUGACAUGCCCUAGAGGAUGGCUGACCAACACAAAGAAAAUGAAUCAGCUAGCAGAGACUGAAAUAACAGUGCAGAGAGAGGAGGUAGGGAGAGCACUCCAAGGGGACAGAAUGACCAGCCCAGGGAAGACAGUGGGCAGACAGGCGGGCUGAAAGAGGAAAAGUCAAGAGGCGCCUGGGUGGCUCAGUCGUUAAGCGUCUGCCUUCAGCUCAGGUCAUGAUCCCAGGGUCCUGGGAUCAAGCCCUACAUCGGGGCUCCCUGCUCCGUGGGGAGCCUGCUUCUCCCUCUCCCACUCCCACUACCCCUGCUUGUGUUCCCUCUCUCGCUGUCUCUCUGUUAAAUAAAUAAAUAAAAAUCUUAAAAAAAAAAAAGAGGAAAAGUCAAGGCAAAUGAAUAGCUGGGAGAUAAGGCUGGAUGGUAAGUCCGGAGUCAGAUAGAGGGAAUCCUUGAACUCCACGCUAAGCAGUCCAAACCUAUCCUAGGCCCUAGAGGUUUUGUCAAUUUUCCUGUUCCUUCACUGGCUAAGGUUCCUAUUAUUUCUUUUCCAGGUAGUAGGGAGUGCAAAUUUAAGUGGUUCUUAAAUCUACACAUGACAAUAAUUUAAGCACUCCUCCCUUGUCUUGGGACAGCAAGUGGUGAGGGGCAAGUUUCCCAGGGCCCCUCCUGCGCUACCCCUCACCCCAGGGUUCUGCCACAUCGCCAAGUCUCAGCUGAUGUGCUAUGCCUUGAAAGUCUCAGCUUGCUCAACUAGCUUUAAAAAGCUCAAAGUCACUCUUCAGUAUGCCUUUCUGGUUACCUGGCAAAAAAAGGACAGAGUCCACACUUACAAAGACAAAACAACAAGCUGACUUUAGCUAAAUCAUCAGGCCACAGAGAGCUUUUGCUCUAGUCUCAAAAGUCCUGUUGGUCCUGGUUCAGCGUCGAUAAUGCAACCUUCCUUCAAAGUAGGGCAAGGGCACCUGGCUGGCUCAAUUGGUAGAGCAUGCAACUCUUGAUCUUGGGGUCCUGAGUUCAAGCCCCACACUGGGCAUAGAGGUGAAAGAAAAGAAAAGAGAAAAGAGAAAGAAAAAGAAAAAGAAAAAAAAAGAAAAGAAAAGAAAAGAAAAAAAAGACAAUGCCAAAGUAGGGGAAAGGUAGUGUCCACAAAAGCAGGGUGCCAAGGACCCUGGCUGCAUCCAGGUCUGGCGUCCAACCUGAUCCUCUUCCACUCAUAAGCCGAGUUCCCUGGUGCCUGAGGUCUGCUCGAGUCAAACCGGCCAACACACAGCUAG